GGGGCCCGGAGUCAGUGGGUUGGGUGCCGGAAAGGUGACCACCGAGGUAUCAGCGGGACACUGUGAGGUCUGAAGCCCAUUCCGAGUCGCCUGGGUGAGUGAACGCCGCUCUCUUGCUGUGAAUGUUGAGGGUUAAGUCGCAAAAUGAACUUCAGUGGCAAGUAUACAUUUGGGAAUCAGGAAAACUAUGAAGAAUUUAUGAAGGCUUUAGGUGUGCCUGAAGAUUGCAUCGAACAGGGGAAGAAUGCGAAGUUUGACACAGAGGUUGCCCAGAAUGGUGAUGGAUUUACAUGGUCUCAAAUUUAUCCAUGUCAUACUACAACCAAUCAAUUUACUGUCGGGAAGGAAUCAGAAUUUGAGAUGCUGAAUUGUGAAAAAGCUAAGAUUACUGUAAAACUAGAAGGAGGAAAACUCAUUAUGAAUUUUCCCAAGUAUACUCAUACAGUUGAGAUUGAAGGAGACAAACUGAUUGAAACUGCAGUGUCCGGUGAGAUCACUUUAAAAAGACUCCACACAAAAAAAAAUUAAAAAGAUGAAGCCAGGAUCAUGGCAGAUGACAGCACAACACUGCAGUAAAACACAAUUCAGGAUAUUGAUUAUUUUUUCCAUGGAAAGGACCACAGGUUAAGAUUUGCUAUUCAAAAAAUAAUCAUCAGCAUUUUUUAUAUUGCUUGCAUUUAGUAAUUCCAGACAAAUAAAGAGAAUUAAAUCUAUGUGACAUUAAUGCUAAAUUUCUGCCCUGAAAUCAUAUCCUCAUAUAUCGUUAUUCCUUGAGGAUGGAAUAUGCUUUCUUGCUAUCCUAGUUGCACUAUUCAUUCAGUGGAAGAAUACCAUAAUGAGUGAAAUAUGUUCAAUGUGCAGGUGUAGGCAGGUUUAAUCAGCUACCAUGUAUGAAUGCAUAAAUAAAUCAAAUUAAUUGUGGAAUCUU